AUGCGCUUUGACGGUCUGCGGACACGCAGCGUCAGUGCACGGCCCACGCCUGCGCCCGCGCCCGACGCACAUCUGCAUCGUGGUCACAGCGCCAUGCCGCAACCUAUCUCACGCAACAAGUCGCGACCGGGGCCGCCGCCGUCCGAUGCGUCGGAUGCGUCUUAUACGGAACCACUGCUGCCUCCUAUGGACGAGCUCUUUCCUCGGACCGACCUGGAUCCACGCGUAAAGAAACGUCUCGUACGUGUAGCCAAUGGGACGUCCAAUGCAUUAAUCAAGGACACGCUGAUGCAGGACAAGCGGGGUAGCGUCUUGUGGCGUCCGGCACAGCGACCGAGAGGCGCACCGGGUAAUAUUCACGUCUUACGUGGCACUGCAAGGGACGUGAGUGAAGCAAAAGAUGCAACAUGUGUCCGAGCAGUAAGCGAUGAUGUCCACGCGAGUAUUGAAGAGUUUGCUCUGUUGUUUAAACUGGACUCGAGUCGAGAAGCAGCCGACCAUUUGCUCUUGUUUAAUGCAGACUUGAUGCAACAUUCGACGUUGUAUACAUUAGUAUCACCUUCUGGACAACAGCCACGAAGAUAUGUGGGUGUCAAGUGGGCACUAGUGGCCUCGCCAUCUAGGUUUUUCCGGAACAGAGACUUCUGCUACUUGGAGUGUCAGAAAGAGUUUACGGAUGCAAGAGGAAGACGCGGAUGGGUCAGAUCGUUACAUUCACUGAAGUUAUCGUGCUGUCCGUCAUUAGAGAAGGAGCACGGUAUUGUGCGAGCGAGUAUCUACAGGUCGGGACUGACGGCAGUGGAAACAGAUGAGCCUGGAGUGCUUAGUGUGACUUAUACGGUGGAGCUGGACCUGAAGGGGCGAAUGGCGUUGGAACUAUUGCAGCCUGGGUUUUUGGCACAGCGUGUGGCGGCGUUAGCGUCGGUGGACAAGCUGUUGCAGCAGCAGCGACUGAGUAGCAGCCCAUUGCUGGGAGAUUUAGAUAUUUCAACAAAGAAGCGCACGCGUGGUAGCUGCAACUUAUGCUUCCGUCAAUUUGUAGCAUCUGGUGGACUAAUGGAUACGCUGGCGGCAAUCACCAACAUGUCGACCAAAUCCACGCGGUAUAUAUGCCGCAAGUGCGGCGAGGGUGUGUGUCGGCGAUGCAGUGACGACUGGUGGCUGGAUGUGCCAGUUGUAGGACGAACCAAGGUACGCAUCUGCACAGUAUGCUCCGCGGAGGCGAAACAGUCGCACAUUUCGGCGCACACGACACGCGCGGGCACUUGCCCAAUUAGGGUGGCUAAUAAUGAGCCUACAACGGAAGUGGAGGGUAUUACCCAUCCAAAUUUGACGGACCCACAGCCAAAGCGUGAUAGACGGCGUUCAUUGUCAUUGUUGGAUCGUCCAAACGAUGCCACAUCAUUCUUCGCGCAGCAGGAAGAAAUUAAGCGUGACUUGGAGUUGCGGGCAACGGAGCUUAGUCGACGCGUCCAAAUCUGGGAUGAGAUGCAGGUGUACAAUCGUGACUCCAGCUUGCAACCCCACGAUCAGCAACACGUACAAAAAAAGCUAUUGCGUAAGCAACGUGAGCAUGAAGUAGAGCAGCGCAAUCGAAAGCUGGAGCAGCCUCUCAGCCGUGUUCCUUCUUUAUGUUUGGGUGAGCAGGAAGAAGAGAAGGAAGAACCUGAGGCCGAAACAACGCCUCAAGACCAGCAAGACCGAAAUGAUUUGAAGAGCGAGAAUGAUAAAUUAGAUCGUCAACGGCGCCUUGACUUAUACCCAUCAUUUAUGUCAUCAGGGGCCAGUAGUACUCAGGGGCAUAGCGAUACCGAGAGACAAGAUGUUAUCCGGCUCACAGCUGAGGCCGGUUCGCGACUGUCGUUGGAUUAUUGCGACAGCGAUUUGUCAGACUACGAAGAGCACACUAUUAAUGACUUGGGUGAAAUCCGCACUACCACGGACAUUGGACGUUGGUGGCAAGAACGACAGCGUGCUAGUGUGGCUGGUGAGGAAGCAAAGCUUGGACUUGAAGAAACUAUCUUACUCGUUCCAUCGCCCAGGAAGGCUAAGCGAGGCAUUAGUGUUGUCGAUGAAGGAAAAUUCAAAGUUUGCCAAACGCAGCAGCAGCCUGCACCGAUGGCAUCAGUAAAGAAGCAGGAGAUGGUUGACUUGUUUAAUCACUGGAAGCAAGAGUCUACAAACGAGAUGCAGCACCACAGACACAACAACAACCCCAUUCAGCGGCGGCAGUUGCAAGAGUUUGAAGAGCAGGUGCAAUAUCAGGAGGAGCAGGCACGUCGUCGUCAGCUGUCUGAUUUUGAGGAGAUGGCCCAGUAUCAGGAGGAGCAGGCUCGUCGCCGACAAAAGUCUGCGGGAUCUUCAGUUUGCCGACCUGAGUUCCAAAACAAGUGUCAGCCCGCUGAGUCAGCACUGCAGCAGAUUCAGCAGCGCCAGAAGAAGCUGGAGUAUCUUCUUCAGCAGACACGCGAGGACGACCUACCUGUGGCUAGGGCACAGAGCAGUGCCCAGCUUUCCAUCGAUGCACAGUCCUCUCUCGCCGUCAAGGAGCGGUACCUCCAGCAACAGAGGCAGCAGCAGCUUGAUUUGGCUGCCGAAAAGCAGCUCUACCUUUACUCCAACGAAGCGCUCGACCAAAGUUCUGGAGACGACGUCGAAUUGAUGGAGAGUUCACAGGGCGAGUGGAUUCCAAUCGACGAGGCACGGGCCAAUAAAGCAAAAGCAACGUCAAGGACAUCUUUGGUGAGCUUACCCAGACACGGCCCGGGAUUUUGCAGUGAUUGCGGGUCUCCUGAAUCUACGGGAGAAAAAGGUUUGGUGAAGCCAGGCUGCAAGUGCAGCGCUAGUGCAGUAACGUCGACCAAAGCUGCUGGCACUGUUCUAUUUGACGGCAAAUGGAAUAGCGGUUCAAUGCCUCAGGCAGCAUCGUAG